AUGUUUACUCCAACUUUUUCAUCAAUUUUUCUGCUUGUGCUCCUGAUGGCAGGAGCAUUGUCUCAGGAUACAUCAACUAGUACCGUAACAACUACUACGGUUGCUUCCACUUCAUCAGGAUCUACAACUGCAUCAACCGCUGCCGGAGGAUCAACUUCAACAACUGCUGCUGGAGGAUCCACUGCAUCAACUGCUGCUGGAGGAUCAACUUCAACAACUGCUGCUGGAGGAUCUACUGUAUCAACCGCUGCUGGAGGAUCCACUGCAUCAACUGCUGCUGGAGGAUCCACUGCAUCAACCGCUGCUGGAGGAUCAACUGCAACAACCGCUGCUGGAGGAUCAACUGCAACAACCGCUGCUGGAGGAUCCACUGCAUCAACUGCUGCUGGAGGAUCAACUGCAACAACCGCUGCUGGAGGAUCCACUGCAUCAACUGCUGCUGGAGGAUCCACUGCAUCAACUGCUGCUGGAGGAUCAACUGCAUCAACCGCUGCUGGAGGAUCAACUGCAACAACCGCUGCUGGAGGAUCAACUGCAACAACCGCUGCUGGAGGAUCCACUGCAUCAACUGCUGCUGGAGGAUCAACUGCAACAACCGCUGCUGGAGGAUCCACUGCAUCAACUGCUGCUGGAGGAUCCACUGCAUCAACCGCUGCUGGAGGAUCAACUGCAACAACCGCUGCUGGAGGAUCAACUGCAACAACCGCUGCUGGAGGAUCCACUGCAUCAACCGCUGCUGGAGGAUCAACUGCAUCAACCGCUGCUGGAGGAUCAACUGCAACAACCGCUGCUGGAGGAUCAACUGCAACAACCGCUGCUGGAGGAUCCACUGCAUCAACUGCUGCUGGAGGAUCAACUGCAACAACCGCUGCUGGAGGAUCCACUGCAUCAACUGCUGCUGGAGGAUCCACUGCAUCAACCGCUGCUGGAGGAUCAACUGCAACAACCGCUGCUGGAGGAUCAACUGCAACAACCGCUGCUGGAGGAUCCACUGCAUCAACUGCUGCUGGAGGAUCCACUGCAUCAACCGCUGCUGGAGGAUCAACUGCAACAACCGCUGCUGGAGGAUCCACUGCAUCUACUGGCGUGACUGUUGCUAGUUCACCAGCACCAGCAGCCGCCUGUGAACCUGGCUACAAGCGUUUCAACCGACCAUCGGGCCCAUGGUGCAUCAAGGUAUUUACUGGAUACUUUGCCGCCCAGAUCGAUGCUGAACGGGCUUGUCAAGCCGCUGGAGGAGCUCUCACUGGGCUUCAAAACCAGGAUGAAGCCUUGUAUAUUCAAUCAUCUCUUCUAUCGCAAAUCAAACAGCCUAGUGCCUCGGUAUGGAUUGGAAUCAAGAGAAAAGCAUCAUGUGUCGGUAAACCACAAGAUGCCACCUGCACAAGAACACAAUCGUUCGAAUGGACAGACGACUCAGCCGAUGGAGUAAACGGCAUGGUUUUCCAAAAAGGACAGCCGGACAACGGUGGCAAAGCCCUAAACCAGGACUGUGCACUGCUUUUGGCUUCCAGAACACCAACCAUUAAAGCAGGAGGAACAUAUUAUGCUGCACAAAUGGAAGAUGUCAAUUGUAUUGCCACUUUUCAUGCGGCAAACGCGGCUCGUAAGACAGGAGGUUAUGCUUGCGGACAGCAACCCAAAACGUGUCAGCCAGGAUGGAAGUUCUUCGAUCGACCAACUGGAGGAUGGUGCAUGAAAGUUUUCACUGGAUUCCACGAGUAUCAAGCCGACGCCGAAAAAGCGUGCCAAGCCGUCGGAGCAACUCUCUCCAGUAUUCAGCACAAGGACGAGGCAUUGCAUAUGCAGGGUAUGUAA